CAGGCGCUUUCCCGCGGCGCGCGCCCCACCUGCGCGCGCUCUUCGAGCGCGGCUGGCUGCGGCCCGGCGGCGUGCUGGCCUGCACGUUCUCGACGCGCGAGGGCCCCUGGCAGCCGGGCGACGGGGACGCGGGGGCGAUGCCGCCGGGCUGGAGCCAGGCUCACGCGGCCUACGCGCUCGUGCGGGUUCUCCUCGGCGCGGCCAGGGAGAGCGGCCUGAGGCUGGAGGGCCCCGACCUGGAAGGACCGGACUCCUGCUCAUCGGCUCCGGUCGCGCCUCGUGCUGCGCACCUGCAGGAUGAGCAGCUCGAAGGCGACAGCCUGGACAUGCUGCGCUUGGCGCUCGCAGAGGGAGACCUGCCGCUUCUCACUGCCAGCUUGGACGCCUGGGCCACGUCGGAGAGCUCCGCCGGCGCGGCGCGGGCGCCGCCGCGCCCCUGGCCGACCGGGCUGCAGCGCUCUGCGCCCGCGUGCGGCCCGCCCUCGGCGGCCACGAGCUGCGGGUCCUCGGGGCCGCUUGCGCCCCGCCCCGGGAAGACCAGCGCUCCCUGCUGCAUGGCCCUGGGAGGCCUCACGCCGUGCUGGGCGCCGCGGGCAUGCUCCGCGACAACGACGUGGGGGCCCUGCGGUCCACGGCGCUGCAGGUGCUCCGGCUCGGGUGCGCCGUCGGCGGCGCCGCGGCGCCCGGCGCCGCCGCGGCCUCGCGGGCGGCGGGAGGCGUGGCCGAGGCCGUCACGCUGCGCAGG